GCGAACCGGGCGGCGGAGCGGGGAGCGCGGCGCUGCCCUGCGUCACGGGAGGCUGGCGGCCGGCUCCGCCACCCCUUCGGCAACGGGAGCGGCGCCGGCAGCGGCAGCGGACCGGCCCCGGCGCUGCCCCGGCACAUCCAGCGGCGACGGGACCAGCCCCGACACCGGCACGGGCACCGCCACCGGCGCCGCCGCCGACCUGCGUGAGAUUUACGGAUUUCAGGGAAAAACCAAACCCCAACAACCAUCGGGAAAGUCGGCCCGGAAAGGAAUUGCAAAAUCCCGGCAUCACCGGGAGGUUGGGCAGGGUUUGGGGUCGUUCCCGGCGCUCUCCCAGCGCCCACCGACGGGAAAUUUAGGGUGUUUUAUCUACAGGAGCCCCGAGAAAAAUCGCUUUGGAUUUAUUUCCUCGUUGGCAGCCAGGGGUUUUCCUCCCGGAGGGUGAAACCUCGGGAUCAGCCUCCCGGAGAGAUAAACCCUGCGUGGACAUGGCAGAGCCCGGCUCCCGGGCCGACCGGGAUUCGCAUCCCGGAGGAGCCGGGGGAACGCCGCUCGCUUGACUGGGAAUCUUGUUUUUAUCCACGGAAUGUCGUUUUUGAACGGGGAAUGUUUUUUUUAACAGGGGCGCCGGGAUCGGGGGGGGUCACUUGGACAUAGGGACAUUGGCGUCACCUCGUGAGGGAUUUCUUCUCCACUUUUUUUUUUUUUUUUUUCUUUUUUAUUUUCCUGGGAAAGCGGCCAAGCCGUUUCCCACAGCGCGUGGUGGUGAUCCCGGAGCCCGCGGCGUUCCCGGGGGUGGGGGGCUGUUUUGGCCGGGGGGAUUGCGUUCCACUGGCUCCCCCCGCGUCUUCCCGACCCGGGACCGGCCAUGGCGUUGAAAGCCAGAGCGCUUUACAACUUCCAGAGCGAAAACAAAGAGGAGAUCAGCAUCCAGGAGAACGAGGAGCUCGUCAUCUUCAGCGAGAACUCCCUGGACGGGUGGUUACAGGGCCAAAACAGCCGCGGGGAGACCGGCCUCUUCCCUGCUUCCUACGUCGAGAUCCUCCGCUCCCGGUCGGGCUCCAGCUACACGGACUAUUCCAGCAGCCCAGUCGGCUCCCCCGGGCACGAUUCCUCCUUGUACUCAGCGUCCCCCAACCCCGGCAUUUCCUACCAGGGCAGUUUCGAGGAUGACGAUGAUGACGACUGGGACGACUGGGACGACGCGUGCACGGUGGUGGAGGAGCCCCGGAGCGCGCCGGGCACCAACGGGCACCCCUCGCCCAGCCUGCCCUACCCGGCGGCCUACGGGCACCCCCAGCACGCCGGCUACCGGUCCAAGCCGGCGCUGGAGAGGCAGGACAGCAUGAGCUCCUCCAAGAGGGGCAGCGUGGUGGGGAGGAACCUCAACCGCUUCUCCUGCUUCGUGCGCUCCGGGGUGGAAGCCUUCAUCCUGGGCGACGUGCCCCUGAUGUCCAAGAUCGCCGAGACCUACUGCAUCGAGAUGGGCUCCAGGGGCCCGCAGUGGAGGGCCAACCCCCACCCGUUCAUCUGCUCCGUGGAGGACCCCACCAAGCAAACCAAGUUCAAGGGCAUCAAGAGCUACAUCUCCUACAAGCUGACGCCCAGCAACAUCAACUCGCCCGUGUACCGGCGGUACAAGCACUUCGACUGGCUCUACAACCGCCUGCUGCACAAGUUCACGGUGAUCUCGGUGCCCCACCUGCCCGAGAAGCAGGCCACCGGCCGCUUCGAGGAGGACUUCAUCGAGAAGCGCAAGCGGCGGCUGAUCCUCUGGAUGGAGCACAUGACCAGCCACCCCGUCCUCUCCCAGUACGAGGGCUUCCAGCACUUCCUCUGCUGCCGCGACGAGAAGCAGUGGAAGCUGGGCAAACGCCGGGCCGAGAAGGACGAGAUGGUGGGCGCCAGCUUCCUCCUCACCAUCCAGACGCCCACGGAGCACCAGGACCUGCAGGACGUGGAGGACCGCGUGGAUGCCUUCAAGGCCUUCAGCAAGAAGAUGGACGACAGCGUCCUGCAGCUGACCAAUGUGGCGUCGGAGCUGGUGCGCAAGCACGUGGGGGGCUUCCGGAAGGAGUUCCAGAAGCUGGGCAAUGCCUUCCAAGCCAUCAGCCAUUCCUUCCACAUGGACCCUCCCUACAGCUUGGAUGCCCUCAACAACGCCAUCUCCCACACGGGGAAGACGUACGAGACCGUGGGGGAGAUGUUUGCCGAGCAGCCCAAGAACGACCUGUUCCUCAUGCUGGACACUCUCUCCUUGUACCAAGGGCUCCUCUCCAACUUCCCGGACAUCAUCCACCUGCAGAAAGGCGCCUUCGCCAAGGUGAAGGAGAGCCAGCGGAUGAGCGACGAGGGCAGGAUGGACCAGGAGGAGGCGGACGGGAUCCGCAAGCGCUGCCGCGUGGUGGGCUUCGCCCUGCAGGCCGAGAUGAACCACUUCCACGAGCGGCGCGUGGCCGACUUCAAGAGGAUGAUGCAGUCCUACCUGAGGCAGCAGAUCGUCUUCUACCAGCGCGUCAGCCAGCAGCUGGAGAAGACGCUGCGCAUGUACGACAACCUCUGACGCUCCCCCCGCCGCCCUCGUCCGUCCGGGGCGGGCUGGGAACGGACGGGACUCCCCACGCUAGUGACCAAAUGACCUCGGGCUUUCUUCCCCCUUCCCAGGCUGGCAGGGAAGGGCUCGCCCGCGGGCUGGCCGUGCCACCUCCUUCUUUCCCUGGGGGCCUCCCACCCUGCCACGGGUCUGGUAGGAGCACGGGGGUCACAGGAGGGACAGACGUGGAGGUGGCGGUGCUGGGGUCUGUGCCCAGUGAUUUUUAGCUUUCUGAAAGCCCACUCUCCUGGAGCAGGGGUGGGUGCAUCCCAGCCCACUGGGAGAAGAAAUCCAAGUGGUCGACGUUUUGCACACUAAAAGCUUUUCUGAUGGAAAAAAAAAAGAGAGAAGAAAAGAGAUCUUUAUUUGGAAGAGAUUUUUUUGUUUGUUUGUCACAAGAUAUUUUCAAUAUUUUCCAUUUUUCUGCAGCAUUUUUACCAAUCAGUUUUUAACUAGAUGCACAGAGGCAAAGAGAAAUCUUUUUCUCAAGUAUGGCUGCUGACUGGGAAAAGGGAGAAAAAAGGGGAAAAAGGGAAAAAAAAAUAGCCCCACAGCCUUUUCAAUAAAAUCAUUGGUAGAAAAAACA